UACAAAUAAACUAGAAUUAAGGUCGUUUGUUACAGUGGUUGAAGAUGGUUAUAAUUCGAACUAUAUAAGUUUUUAAAAGAUGUUUCAGUGGUGUUAAUAACAGGAUAACAAGUUAUUUUUUAUAUCUAAUCAUCAAUGAGAGUGAUAACAGUUUUUUUCAAUCAUAAAAUUUAAUUUUAUAAAUACUUCAAAAAUGGCUCAAGAAUUGUUGACAAAUAUUUUGACAUUCAAAAUUCUACCUGCAGAUAUCCUGAAAUGGUUAUCUUCUGACGAUUCUGAUGUUGAUCAUUCGUUAGAAUUCAACAAGUAUUGUCAAAAGGAUGAAUUUAUCAACUAUUUUUUGAAUUAUUUACAAAAACAAUUCACAAGUAUCUUGUGCAAUACAAACGUUCACACUAAAGUAUUGAAAAAACAAGUAUCAAAAAGUGACAAAGAAGAAUCAUGUCUCUCAUUCGAAAACUUUUCUGAAAUGAAUACAGACUAUAAAUAUUACGAUGAAAAUUCUCAAACAAUUACAAAGGAAGAAAAUUUAAGUCAAGAAAUACAAUCUGAAAAGCUUCAAAAUAUUGCAAACAGCAAAUGUUUAAACAAAAGCCCUCAAACUAGUACCCCAAAUAUUUUGAAAAAUAAUUCAGCUAAGAAAAGGAUACAACCAGUUAAAUGCAGUAAUUCUCUGAAAAAUGUAAUUGAUCCUGCUUUUAAAAAUAGUAUAGAGUAUGAACAAAUAGAUAAAUCUAUUGAAAGAAAAAUACAUUUUGACAGCCCUCUUCAUUCUGCAAGACAUUCAAAUCAAUUUUUGCAAAGUCCUAUGUCAGCUUUAUAUAAUAACUCUAUAUCAUCUUUAAGUCCAAUUAAUAUGUCUCCAAAUGUCUACAAUAAAAGUUAUAGUGAUGGCUCAUGUCAACUAAGCAAAGCAAGUGAAAAAAGUUUAAAUAAUCUUUCAAGAAAUUCAAAAAAUAGUCCCAGACAAAAUUUUAAUUUGUCUGACUUUGUUGUGUCAGACAGAGGUUCUAAUAAAAAAAAUAAAAAAAAAUUAAACAAAUCAAAGAAUGAAUCACAAAAUAGUAUCAAUCAAUUAGCUUCAGAUUUAUUAUCAGUACAAGCAGAACAAAAUCUAAAGAAGAAAAAAGUUAAUCCUACUCGUUUAGAAACAACAGAUGAGAAAGCUAACAAAGAAAGCCCAAUUUUUGGAAUUGUAUCACGGCCUAAUAUAAAAAAUCCGCAAUUUUUAGAUGUACCAACUGUUGAAAAAUGUACUGAUAAUGAAUCAUUCAAAAUAGAACGCAGACUUGUUAAACUAGAAAGACAAAAAAAGCCCGAUGAAAUAGCCAGUGAUGCGUCAGAUGUAAUUGUUGAAGAAAAUCAAUCGGUACUUGAAACAUUACAAAAUAUACAUAGUAAAAUCACUAAUGCAUCUGUUAUUACAGUAAAUAAGACUUUAGUGGAAAACAAACACAUUCUAAAUAUUCUUGCUGAGCUAUAUAGUGGAUUUUUAGAUUUUAAUUUGAUUAUUAAUCCUAUGUCUGAACUUUAUUUGAUGAUGCAAUUGAUCACAGCAAACUAUACAGCUAAUGUGAAACAAUCUGGUUCAAAUAUUUCAACAGUAUAUGAUGUAAAAGAAAUAAAAUCUUUGGAUUCAGACAAUAGAAAUACUAAAAAAAAUAAUUCAUCUUUUUCAAGAAAGUGCUUACAGUUUGAAAAAUGUCUUUCUCAAAGUAAAAAUGAAUUCAUCAGUUUUCCUGAGGGUAUAAAAUCAGUUGAAUCAUCUGAUGAAAAAUUGGAAUCAUUAAAUUUAGAUGGCCUUGUAACAAGUUUAAACAAUUUAAAUGUACAAUUAGAUACAAAAGUAAAUGAUUCCUCUUUGAAUGAAUCAAGUAUGAGCCACAUACAAAUUAUUGAUACAGUAGAUAGUGAUAUUAAACUUUUCUUGGAUAAUCCUCAUAACUGUGUGCAUUUUGCUAUACAAGUUUUACAUUAUCAAAAACCAUUUUUAAAUUCUUUAGACAGAGUAACUCUAAAAUUGUUAUAUGAAAAUAAGCUUAUUAGUAAUUUUAAUCCUGAAUUACAUCUUUUUUUCAAAAAAAUUUACUAUGAGAGGGUAUUUGAAUCAAAACAAACCAAAUCUUCAUCUUUUACAUGUACGGCAGAUUCAAAUGUGUGUUUCCAAUUGGAAACUGAUAACCGUGAAAAAUUUCCUUCUACGCUAGCUUUUCAAGAUUUUAAAAAACAACGUGAUUUAUUCUAUGAAAUUUUAAAAAUAUGGGAACAAAAUCAUCUUUCUCCCAAUUGGUCAUUUCAGUUAGCAUUAAAAUAUAAAAUAAAAACUCUCUUAUCAAUGCAUGUUGAUGUGGCCAAUUUAACCCACUUCACCAGGCUUUUUAAAUCACAAAUGCUGAUUUCAUGUAUUCAAAGUGAACAACAGGCAGAUUCAUUAGAUCAUGAAACAUUAAAUUUUUUAAAAGAUAUCAAAGAUAUAAAUCAGGAUAAAUUAUCACAAUUACAAAAGAAAUUAGUAACACCUUUGUCUCAAAAUGGCCCAGUACCACUUCCAUCAUUUCCGGGUGCACAAGAAUUUUUUAAAAAUUUUAUAUUAUGUGCAUCAAAACCUAUAUUUUAUAUGUAUUUAGAGAACAUCUUGACGCAUGAUAUAAUGGAACUUAAUGAUUCAAAUUUUACAAGAAGUGAUAUUGAAGAACUUGAAACUGCAGUUGAUGGAACAACAAAACAAAAUUUUUUGCUUUGUGUUGCCACUUUAAGACUUCUUUCAAAAUUUCUGGGUUAUUUACAUGCUUUACCUUACAAUUCGAAAACAGCAAUGGUUGAAGAUAUAAUGAAUACCCAAAUCUCACUUCGCAGUAAGUGUUUACCUCGAAUUGGGUUGCAAGAAUGUUUAGAAUAUGCAUUAGUACAUGGAAAGUUAUCAUUAACAGUACCAUGGAUUGUUGAAUAUCUGGCAAUGAUGGACCCUAUCACAAUAAGAUUACCAUAUUUUAAAAAGGUUUUAGAAACAUUAUACUGCAUUUAUCGUACAACUAACCAGUGCAGCAUUGCGAAAAAUGAAGAUUUUAUGUCGCAUAAAACUGCAAUACUUAUCAAACUAGUUAUUGGAUGGUUAUUUGAAUUACCAACAUUUCCUAAAGAGUUAUAUUGUUCUUGGCAAUUCAAAUACAAUAAUGCAAUUUUAAAAGCUGUUCAUGAAAAAAUUCAAUCUUCAGAAUCUAAUUACAAUUUGGUUGAAGACAAUGAUUCCAUAGUUUCAAUGAAAUGCAGUAUAUUUUUAGACAGGCUACAAUUGAUUGACGAGAGAAUUUUAUAUUUGUGUUGUCCUUUCUUGAAAGAAUUUAAAAUUUUACUAACUCCUGGUAAUUCAAACGUUGCAAGUUUGACUUCAUUCAGACAUGUUACUCCUGUAUCCAGUAAAUUGCAAAAAAAAACCGAAAAAUUUGAUGUAGAAAAUUUGCAGGUUCGAUUAGAAGAGGCGUUUUUUCACAGUCAACCAGCAUCCACACAAAAAACAAUUGAAUAUGUAUCAGAACGAGUUGCUUCAUCCUGUGUUAAAUACAUUUACAAUAAAUUGUUACCUUUUGAGCGCCAUAAAAAUAAUAUAGUUUUAAAAAUUAUUAUUGAAAAGAAUUUGGAUGGAUCAAAAUUAAAUUCUGAAAUUGUAAAAAAAAUUUUGUUAGAAGAAAAGCAUUUAUUAUUUGAACAAGCUUCAAGUGCUGUUGAAAGUCUUAAAAAACAGAUUUCCGAAGUCAUUCCGCAAAUGUGUAAAAAAAAAAUUACUCAAUCUAUUGAAUCACUUUUACCAGAUGAUUGUGUAGAAUCUAUUCGAGAAAUUGCGGCAAAAAUUGGAACAAGAAUAAGCAUGGAAAGAAUAGAUCAAUGGACACAAUCUUACUUAAUAAAUGGUUCUGUUUUUAUUAAAGACAUGGAAGCUACACUAGAAAAAAUGUUGACAUCAAAUGAAACCUCUUUAGACAAAAUUGUACAAUUAAAUCCAGCUGGUGAAAAUGAAAGAAAAGUUCACAAUCAAAAAGAUACGGGUCCUGCAUUUAUAAUAGACGAACUCAGGGAAGUUAUCUUAAAUAUAUUAGAGACUAGAGGACUAAAUUUAAGUAUGCAAGUUAUUUCCACAUUAUGUGAUCAGAUUUAUGAAAGUUUAAUUGAGCAGGCAGAUGUAACAUCAAGUAUGAAAAUGAUUAUACAGAUGCUCUCUGUGGACUUAGUUCUAUUUUUGAUUUCUUAUAGGAAUGAUUUACUUAGCAAUGAAGUACAAGAGAAACUAUUCAAAAUUUGGAAAAUCCAUGAAUUCUCACAUCCAGAGGCUCCUCUAAACAGAUUGUUUAGCCUUCGCAAUAUCAAACUUAUUGCUGUAGCUCGUGAUACCAAUACUUGGUUGUAUUUUGGAAAAAUGUUGAAUGCUCUAUUAAGAAAUAACAUGAUUACCAUAAACACAUUAAGUGAACAAGCUGUAGCUUUAUUAAGGAUGGAAUGGCCAAUUGACGUUAUGAAAAAUUUAUCAAAAUGUAUAAUGGAAGCUAUACAAAAUUAUCACGUUUGCCACGAAGAAACGGAGAAAAUAAAAAAAAUGUUAGAAUGGCUAGCUGGUGCUUACAACGAUAUGGAUAAAGAUGGUUUUAAUUAAUAAUUAUAUAAUUGAAACAGAUUUAGAUGAAUAAAUAAUAAUGAAUGGCAGGUUAGUUAAAAUAAUGUCUAAAAAAUAGUAUAUUACUAACUUGGGCCAGAAAAAACGGAAACGUUCGAGGGCACGUGUAAUGAACAUGUGCUUAGGGGCUUUUUUGUGGCUUGGGCCUGUACACGAUUUUUAUACCAAGCGGCCCGAAAAUAGUAUUUCCUACAUUACACAGCGGAAGGAAAAUAGUCUUUUUCGGGGUGCUAAUAUUAAUAAGUAUUUUAAAGUAUUUUAACUCUGUAAAAAAUGAAUUUGUUGACGAAAAAUAUGUUGAAACUUAUAAAGUUAAAGUUGCCUUGAAAACUUUAUUACUAAUUGGAACUCCAAAACAUAAUGAAAAUGAAUAAAACUAGAUUUUGGUGUAUGCAAAAAUGUGUUGCCGUAGUAAUAUUAAUUAAUUUUUACAAUUUUUAUAAGUUAUUUUAAAUAUUAAUUUUAAUUUUAAAUUCUUAUCAAUCAGUUCGCACUGCGCUUUAUCUGUCAAAUUUCGUGACUCAACUAUACAAUUUACUUUUGAGGUCUUAUUUAACAUCUUUGCUAAGUACUGUUUUAUUCUAUACAAAUUAAUAUUGACUAAAAUAACAACAAGUUGUAAUAAAUGUUUAUAAUCAGAUUUAUUAAACAAGAUUUUAGAAACAUGUAAUAAACAUAUGAACAAAUUAUUAAUAAAUUGUUUAGUAUAAGACUCUUUUGAUAAGACUCUUUCAAUAAGUUUUAAAAUGUGUUUAAAAAUUGACAGAAGUUCUAUUAAAGGAUAUGA